AAUUUUUUCACGUGCAAUGGCCCUAAGUGUUUUACACAGGCGACUCGCCUGUUAGGUUAGGUUAGGAAAACUGGUGUAAACACAUGCAGAUCGAAUCGCGAGUACUGUCAAAAAUAAAAUGUCAUACAGUAGAUCUUGGAAAUACGGUAUUCCAUUUAUGAUUUUUAUUCUUGGUGGUUCAUACGCUCUCCGAGAAUUUACAGAGUUACGUUAUACAUAUAGAAAAGUAAGUGGAUAUAACAUACGCGGUGAAUUAGAAAAAGAAGGAAUUCAAAUGAGAUUACCGGAAGAAAUUACAUUGGAGAAAGAAUAUGAAAAACUAGAAAAGAUGGAUGUGGAUAACUGGGAAAACAUUCGAAUAUCAAGACCAUGGGAUGAAACAGAACAAGCAAAACUCUAAGUGCGACGUUUUGUAUAAUUAGUAGAUAUGUGUGAUGUAUAUAUCAAUCAUCUUUUUUAAGAAUAAAUGUCAUUGUAAUAUUACUUUAA